AUGUCAGACCCCCCCAACAACACCCAAACCACGUUUAGUGGCGGCGACCCUCCUGCCGACAAUAAUUAUACCGACAAUAAUAAUGAACAGACUAAUAUUAAUGAUAUGCAAAAAAUUAUUGCUGUUGAACUGAAGGAGAAAGAAAGUUCUCAUUCCAGAGGACCUCAUUCUCAUGAAGCUCAUCACAUCAAACCCUCGACAAAAAUCCAAAAAAAUAAUGAAAAACCAGACUCCCAUAAAAAAAUUGAAACUAUCCACAAAAAGCUUGAAUCGAAUGAUAAGCAUAAUGCUUCUUCAAACCACGAAACCCCCGUUGAAACCCCUAUUGUGAAUGUUGGUCCAACCUUGAACCCUACCUUUGACUCUUCACCAGAUGGUGGUGAUGUGGAAAUUGACGCAACACCAUCACGUGACAUGGAUGUUCUCAUGCCGGAUGCAAAUCCAUUUGGUGAUAAUUCUGAAGCCUGGGAAUACAUCUUAAAACUUAAGGAUGUAUUUCUGGUUGAAUUGUCUAUUGUUAAAGAAGACUUGAGUAUUACAAUUGAAGAUUGGGAAAUAAAAUUUCAAAAUCUUGAACUUAAAAACAAUGAGUUAGCUAAACAACUCAUUGCUUUGACCGAAAAGCUUAAGGCUUCAGAAGGACAAGUGAAUUCUCUUCGCUCAGAACUUGAUGUUUUGAGAAACAAUCAGGUUCACACAGAAGUUAAACAUGUAAUGUUUGAAAAACUUAAAAAGGAAGUUAAGGAUAAUAAGGAUCAUUGCGAUAAAGUGAAACAUAAAGCUGAUGAAAUAGCUAAGAUGACUCUUCAAGAUUUGUCUCAAGAAAAAGCAAGAAACAAAAGAAUUAUCGACACUGAAAUCAAGGAAUUCAAAGAAAUGACCAACAAUCUUGAGAAAAGAGUUGAUAAUAUGGAAUACAAACUACGCAAAAAGGAAAUCAAGAGUGCGGUAAGAAAAGUCGACACUUUGCCUUUUGCUUUGACCCCUAAAACUCCAAAUGGAGCAACUCCAAAGUUGAAAGACAUUAUGAAGGCUCAAAAACAACACCGUGAAACUAAAGUUGAUGAAGACAAACCCACUUUUAGAGUGUGCAUAAGAAUUCCAGAUACCAUGAAAAGAGUUAAUAUCCCUGCGAUUGGAAAGAAAAUUGAUGCGGUUGCACAAAAGCCGGUGGCUCAGGAAAUAGGCUAUACUGUCAAAGGGCAUUUAUAUGUUCAACUUAAUGACAAAGAUUUUGCUGAUAAAGCUGCAGAAUGGAUCCCCAAAGUUGACCCUACUUAUUCAGUGCUUGACACAGAUUCUUGGUACAAGGCUGUACUUCAGGAAAUACCUAAUACGGCAUCGAUUGAAGACUUGAAAGAAACUCUCUACAAUUUUAAUGAUUACCAUAUUGUUUUGAAUACCGAACCCAAAAUCAUUAGCAGAAACCAAUUUACCCAAACAGCAUUGGUUUCAUUCAGAAAUGCCCAAGACUAUGCAAAACAAAAGGAUAAUGAGGCCCAUCCUGUUUCCACUGACGACUCACAAGAUGAACCGAUGAAAGAAACAAAUAUUGAAGAACUAGAUGAAUCCAAUGAGGAAGAAAACGAAAACAAUUCUAUUACAUCCAAUGAAUUAUAA